UAUGUGUGUAUCUUUAGCGUAUCUCCGAUACGAUACGAUACCCUCCGAUACAUAUCUUAAUUUUGCCCGACCGAUACGGAGACCGAUACCGAUACUUUAAUCCUUGAGCUAGUCAAAUACUUCCAAAGGCAAUUUGGUCCUUUUAGGGCAGUUUUCCGAAAUUUCUUUGGGGAGGGGUUCUAGUUUGUAAGGUUCAAGAUCAGGGAAGGCUCUACACACACACUAGUCCAUAACAAAGUUUCAUCAUCAUUCUGUACAUCCCCCAGGCUGACUAAAUGGGGUGUCUAAAGUGAUUAGCCCAACUACUUCUGUUCCUCUUGAGCCUGGUUUUUAUAUUUUUGGGCCCAUACUAAUCAUGCUAGGAUGUGAUUCAGCAAAUGGUUUUUACUUCAUUUCCUAUUCUGUAGUUAUGGUCCUUAUUAUUCCCCUGGCAGUUGUCCUAAAUUUCAGUCAGACAUGGGCCCUGUAUUGUCAUGUGCAGUUCUACUCUGUCACAAAAGAGAGAUUGAAACCGAUCAAGCCCCUAGCUAAAUUUCUGGUAUUCAAGUCGAUUGUAUUCUUAACAUGGUGGCAGGGUAUUGCUGUUGCAUUUCUCUCCUCAGUGGGAGUUUUUAAAGGGUCUUUGGCUCUAGAGUUGAAAACACGUAUUCAGGAAUACAUCAUUUGUUUCGAGAUGGGUAUUGCUGCUGUUGUGCACCUUUUUGUCUUCCCGGCUAAGCCUUACGAGCGUGGAGAAAGAUGUGUUCGUAAUGUAGCUGUAAUGGAUAACUAUGCAUCACUAGGAACACUCCCAGAUCCAGAGGAGGUUCGAGAUAGCGAAAGGUUCACUAGGUUGCGCCUUGCUGGCCAUGGUGAUAGAGAAAAUCGAUUGAAUUUCCACUGAAAUGUUUGAGAUGUGGUCCUUGGUAGGGGUGAAAUUGUGAGUUCUUUUGGCAUACAUUGCAGUAGUCGUUAAGUUUUAUCUGUUUUCUACUUUACUGAUAUAUUUUCUUCAUUUUUUCGCUCUCUUUUUUAUAGUAAUGAGAGUUUUACUGCUUGUGAGACCAAAAAUUACUGAUUUCUUUUCUUUUUUUUUAUG